AUGUGGCUAUCCGGUGUUCUUCUCCUGAUAUGCCACUAUCAGAUGGUCUCCACCUCGAAGACCAUCAUGACAAACGAGAUUUCCAUGCCAUCACUCGGUCAUAAAGAGGAAGUUGCGACAUUUCACAGGCUUCAACCUAAAGAUGGCAUCUCUCCCAGAUUUCGGUCGGCAAGAUUCGAGCGUUUGAGGGGGGCUCCCGAUAACAUCAAACCAAUUUUCGUAGAACCAGCUGUUCUUGAAACAGAAGAGUCUCUCAACCCCACUCCAGUUGCUCCAAUUCAAGUUGUCCCAUCUUCUGAAACUGUCACUGAGAUUCCAUUGGACUUCGUCCCAACCUCCAAUGAGACUCCAACACCUCUCAGCUUCACGGAGUUCAACAUUGAAUCAAUGCCAAUCAUCAAAGAUUCUGAUGAGCCGUCUACUCAUAAAUUCCACACAACACCAGAGCAACCAACCACUUCAGAGGAGCCCUCAACUGCUGAACCUUCCACGUUCGAACCAAUUCCCACUACCGAACAAGUGUCUCCAUCUGAAAUCCCAUCCUCUCCUGCAUUAUCAACCGAACAAACUUCUGAAGUGUCUCGUGCCACUCCUGUAAUUCAUGAGUAUGCUCAAGAACGAAUCUACCCAACGAUGGAGUUAGUGCAACCAACAACUGAGUUUGUUGAAGUUCUUCCAAGUCAACAAAUUGAAGUAGCUUCCACCAACGUCGUCGAAAUAGAAGAGCCUACCACCACUUCUACUAAGGCACCCAGAAAACGUCGUCAUAGACGCAAGCAUCGCAAAUUGCGGAAGGUAACAAAAGUCACAGAGGCUCCGACAGAAACCACAACUGUCACCGAAAUAAUAACCGAACCGUCUACUGAAUUGUCAACUACUGAACCAAUCACUGAACCAUCCACAGCUGCUCUUACUGAGACUUCUACUCUUCAAACCACCACCCCAGUCACCACACCUGUGGCAUCUACUCCAAUCAGUGUAGUUACUACACCGACAACCACUCACAUUCAAACAUUUCCAACUAGUGGAUCAACGGGUGCUAAGAUUGGAGAGUCUUAUCUAGGAGGAUGGAAUGAGGACGAGGGAAUUAUAGUUACCACAUCAGGACCUUCUUUGGGAUCUGCCAUUAAUCAGUUCUCUGAAAUCCCAGCUUCGAUUUCAAUUGAUGAUGACAAGGCUAUCAAGGAAUAUUACGAGAAGUAUUAUGCCGAGUGGUACCAAAAACACAAUCAAGCAAUAAACACCCCAGGAGAAUCAGCUUCCUCUGUUUCUCGGGAAAUAAAAAUAGAACUGGCUAAGCCUACUCCUUCUCCAUUCGGAUCACCAACAACGCAGCUAUUCGGAAUUUCCCCGUCCACCACUGCUGAGCCGACAAAAGAACAAUUGGACAAAGUUUGUGACUAUGUGGCCAAGAUCUCAAAGUCGUUCGGAAUUAAAGACCUUGUUGGAUUUGCAAAGAACAAUUGUGCAUUUGUAAAAAGCUUCCACCCAACGGCAACCUGUGAACAAAUCCAACAUCUGAUGAGUUACUGUGUAACUGGAGUCUAUGUCAACCAAUAA